CAGUUUUGCUCCGUCUCCCAGGCUGGAGUACAGUGGCGUGAUCUGCACUGCACGUGUGAUCUGCACUGCACGCAUGAUCUCACUGCACGCUCUGCCUCCCGGGUUCAUGCCAUUCUCCUGCCUCAGCCUCCCGAAUAUUUAAUAACUUUUUAAAGAAGGGGAAUCUUGACCAAAAGUGACUACAAAUGUAGAAGAAACAAUAAACUUGGGAAGCCAUGAUUUUGCAGCUUUACGGUGAAACAAUGAAUCUACUCAUUAACUGAUGCUAAAACUGUUGGGCAAAUGGUUAUUGGAAACACUUGAUAUUUGUGGUCUCAAAGAAUGACCUCACACAUGCCUUAAUUACUCUACAAGGAGCAAGGGAGGAAUCUGACCAUGGAGUAAUUUAGCAGACCCAAAGUUGACCAAGUGGUUAAACUUCACGUCCUCACUCGUGGCCACGCUGAUGUCCUGCACCUUCUGCUGACUUGUCACCUCCCUUCAUCAUUGCCCCAAACGUUUAACCAAGGAUCCAGACUGUGGGACAGUCUAAGGAAAAUAGGAGCAGACUCUUCGAAAAUGCCACUAAAGAAUUAAAACCCACCAGGUGAUGUGUGGCUCAGUAAGGCCCUGAGGUUGCACAGAGCAUGGGACUGGCUGGCUGGGUGGGAGGGCUGUGGCUAACCUGGGGCUUUCCCCAGGUUUCUCCAAUGUACAGAUGUCCGUGUUUGUCAGCAUACAGGUGGGUGUGUGUGACACGGAUAUGUCGUCGACAGGAAGGCACAACGGCACCCAUGCAGAGGAGGUGUCCUUAGACUCAGCAAUGACUGCCGGGUGCGGUGGCUCACGUGUGUAAUCCUAGCCCUGUGGGAGGAUUGACUGAUAACUGCACCAGUCCCCCUUCCACCGGCUUCUGUGCAUCUGAGCCCUGGCCAGGAGUCCGCAGACAGGUAGGCACAUGGAGAGAGAAGCGCCAGGCCCGGCUGAGCCAUGGAGGUGGCGGGGGCGGGGCGGAACACGUGCAAGUGCUGUCCAUGAGUGGCCCAGGUGCUGGGAGCUAAGCACAUUCGACGGCUGCGAGUCAGGAGGGCAGCUCCUUCUGGAAGCCUGGAGCUGGUGAGGCCAGGCGCUUUCCCUGCUGCGGUGGCUGGCGAUGGGAGUGUUUUCCGAGGCUUCCACCAAGCCCCUCCUCAGCAUGGGUUGGUGCGGGAAGUCCUUGAGUGCCUGUGGGUCGGCAGGAGCUCCGGUGAGACUCAAGUUCGCUCACCCCAGGGUUCUGAAACCUGUCUCCCACCUUUCCUACCCUCAGGUUUAGGGACCGUCGCAGCAGCCCUAGGGCUGCCAGAUACUGCACUCCCAUUUUAGGAUGAAAGAAAUCAGGUCUAGACUGAGGGCCACGAGCCCCAACACCCAGGGAGGAUCCGUACAGGGGCGGGGGACUGCCCCAAACCAUAAGGUCAGGAGGUGGACGCUGACCACAGGGACAGGUGGCCAGGGAAGAGUCUCAGCUGCUGGAGUGGAGGAAGCCGGGAGGGUCGGGGGAGAGCAGGGCACCGAGGUGGGGACGUGUCAGGGACGAAGCGAGGAUGGGCGAGCGCGGACGGCUGGGACACCGGGGCUCAGUGCCGCUCACUGGGGGUGACCGCGCGCCCAGCCCCGGCGAGCCCAUCCAAGCCGCGCUUCCCGGGGGCAGAGGUCGGCCGCGCUAUCCGGGUCUGGCGCGGGCUUUGGCGGCCUCAGGGUGGGGCCGGGGCGCCGUGGGUGGGGAAAGGGCGGGGCCUUGCGGGACCCGGAAGUACGCUGCGGCCCCGCCCCCUGGCCGCGUGGCUGCGCGUCCCGGCUGUUGCCGAUAAAGUUGUUUGACGCCGGCCCGGCGGCGGGUCACGUGAGCGGAAAAUGGCGGCCCCGGCAGGCGGCGGAGGCUCCGCGGUGUCGGUGCUGGCCCCGAACGGCCGGCGCCACACGGUGAAGGUGACGCCGAGCACCGUGCUGCUUCAGGUUCUGGAGGACACGUGCCGGCGGCAGGACUUCAACCCCUGUGAAUAUGAUCUGAAGUUUCAGAGGAGCGUGCUCGACCUUUCUCUCCAGUGGAGAUUUGCCAACCUGCCCAACAAUGCCAGGCUGGAGAUGGUGCCUGCUUCCCGGAGCCGUGAGGGGCCUGAGAACAUGGUUCGCAUCGCUUUGCAGCUGGACGAUGGCUCAAGGUUGCAGGACUCUUUCUGUUCAGGCCAGACCCUCUGGGAGCUUCUCAGCCAUUUUGCACAGACCAGGGAGUGCCUGCAGCACCCCGGCGGGGCCACCCCAGUCUGCGUGUACACGAGGGAUGAGAUCAGAGUUAGCGUGUGGGACGUGGCCACCCAGGCCCGAGCCCUGCCCACCCCGAGCCGAGCACCAGGAAUCGCCCCCGUGGGUGACAGCACAUUCCUGCCUCUCCUGCUCCUGGCGGUGACAGGUGAAGCCGCCCUGCGGGGCAUGACACUGCAGUCACUGGGCCUGACCGGGGGCAGCGCCACCAUCAGGUUUGUCAUGAAGCGCUGCGACCCCGUGGGCAAGACCCCAGGAAGCCUGGGCUCGUCAGCGUCGGCUGGCCAGGCAGCCGCCAGCGCUCCACUUCCCUUGGAAUCUGGGGAGCUCAGCCGCGGCGACUUGAGCCGUCGGGAGGACGCGGACACCUCAGGGCCCUGCUGCGAGCACACUCAGGAGAAGCAGAGCACAAGGGCACCCGCACCUGCCCCCUUCGUUCCUUUCUCGGGCGGGGGACAGAGACUGGGGGGCCCUUCUGGGCCCCUGAGGCCUCUGACAUCAUCUUCAGCUAAGUUGCCGAAGUCCCUCUCCAGCCCUGGAGGCCCCUCCAAGCCAAAGAAGUCCAAGUCGGGCCAGGAUCCCCAGCAGGAGCAGGAGCGGGAGCGGGAUCCCCAGCAGAAGCAGGAGCAGGAGCGGGAGCGGGAUCCCCAGCAGGAGCAGGAGCGGGAGCAGGAGCCGGAGCGGCCUGUGGACCGGGAGCCCGUGGACCGGGAGCCUGUGGACCGGGAGCCCGUGGACCGGGAGCCAGUGGUGUGCCACCCCGACCUGGAGGAGCGGCUGCAGGCCUGGCCAGCGGAGCUGCCUGAUGAGUUCUUUGAGCUGACGGUGGACGACGUGAGAAGACGCUUGGCCCAGCUCAAGAGUGAGCGGAAGCGCCUGGAAGAAGCCCCCUUGAUGACCAAGGCCUUCAGGGAGGCGCAGAUAAAGGAGAAGCUGGAGCGCUACCCAAAGGUGGCUCUGAGGGUCCUGUUCCCCGACCGCUACGUCCUACAGGGCUUCUUUCGCCCCAGCGAGACAGUGGGAGACUUGCGAGACUUCGUGAGGAGCCACCUGGGGAACCCCGAGCUGUCGUUUUACCUGUGCCUGUCUUCCUUCGGGAGCAUGGAUGGGCGAGGACCCCGGUGCUUCCUAACACGUAGGUGCCUUCUCUCCUCAGUCAUCACCCCUCCAAAAACAGUCCUGGACGACCACACGCGGACCCUCUUUCAGGUGAACCUCUUCCCGACUGCUCUGGUGCACUUUGGAGCCGAGGAGCCGGCAGGUGUCUACCUGGAGCCUGGCCUGCUGGAGCAUGCCAUCUCCCCAUCUGCGGCCGACGUGCUGGUGGCCAGGUACAUGUCCAGGGCUGCCAGGUCCCCUUCCCCAUUGCCAGCCCCUGACCCUGCACGUGAGUCUGAGCCAGCUGCUGAGGAGGGGGCGCUGGUCCCCCCAGAGCCCAUCCCAGGGACGGCCCAGCCCGUGAAGAGGAGCCUGGGCAAGGUGCCCAAGUGGCUGAAGCUGCCUGCCAGCAAGAGGUGAGAGCUGCCAGCCCGAGGUGCCCACUCUGCCAGCCACAGGACCACCUCCCCUGCCAGCAGGAAUAAAGACUUGUGCAUCCCUCAA